AUGCUGAAAUCUCGCCAAAGCCACCUCCCAGUCCGCAAACACCGUGACGCACAAAUGCACACAAUAAAUGGUCUCACCUCACGAUUUCAUUGCCUCAUCUUAAUUUUUGGAGCGAUUUUCGCUCAUUUUUUGAGGGAAUUCUUUUAGAAGAAUACCGAAAAAAAUGAACCAGUGAUCAAUAAAAAAGAAACACUCGAAUGGGAAGUCAAAGAUGUCGAUCGUAUGAAUAGAAAAUGGAAGACUCAGUCGUAAACAUAUCAAGACUGAUGUGAAAUGGUAAGAAUAAAUAUUUUUUCAAAUACUUUGGAAAGUUUUUUUGCAGGUUCAUUCAUGCCGGUUACAAUACAAAAGAUCAAAUCAGAUAUCUUGAGAUUUGUUUGUGUCAAGAUCAUAAGGAUAAACCUUACCAAAAAUUGGAUGAAUAUUCUGAAACUGACCACACUUUCAAAGUAUUCGAUUCAAAUGGAAAAGUUUUGCAUAACUCCAAUGAUCCAUGUCCAUCAAUCAAAUGGUCCGAUCUUGAAAAACAUUUUGGAUCGUCUCGAAUGAACAUUAUUAUCCAAUGUGACUUGUCAUAUAAAGUCUACGAUUUCUCAAAAUAUUCCGGAUGCUUUACUGAUGGUUUAUUUCAAGUUGGAAAUGUUGAAUAUCAUGUCAACAAAAAAGAGUUCGUUUUUCCUCAUCAUUUUUCUUGAAAAUUUAUAAUUUUUUUUUUCAGUAUUUUGCCGCAUAUUUUCCCAAGUUUUUCCAAUACGAAAGAUUCGUCGAAAAAGAUGAAACAACAAUAAUCAUCGAAGGUGUCGAAAAUUCGCAAUUUGUUCAAUUUUUGGCAGCUUUGUUGCCAGAUCCAAUUCAAAUUGAUAGUGAGUUAUUUUUCAAAGUUUUUUUAAAAAUUCCUGAACGUAUUUUUCAGCCUAUAAUUAUGAGUUUAUUUUGGAAUUGUCUCCAAAGAUUCGAAAUUUCUUCAUUGACCAAAAAAAUGCCAAGAUUAUUUCAAGAACAAAUGAAAGCGACGAAAUUAUUCAACAAAUCAAAGAUGCUGAGAAAAACCGGAGAAACUUCCAAAAUUGUAAGUCGCAGAAAAAAUAGUAAUGCAUAACAUUUCUUUUUCAGGCAACAAUUCUCGAAAAUAUCGAUCGCGGAAGAGAUCUCAAAAUCGUGAUGGAAGACAAGAACUUCAAAAAUUUCCAGGAUUCGACAAAAUUGGAAUUUUUGAAUGUCGCUUUCAAUUUUGCUCUAGUUUAUUCUCGGAAUAA